AGGGGGCUGAACUUAGCUUAGGCAAUGAGCAACUUCCCUGGUAACUCGCUGAGAAGAUGAACACUGAGGCCUGGUGGCCGCACGGCUCUCCGAGAGCGGGGUGACACCUCCCUGAAACUGCAGUCUCAGCUCACGUGUGUCUGGCCAGUGACUCAGCAGCGGUAGAGAUUAUCUUUGAGCCGGGGAUUCACUGACCCAGCACCAAGUACAGGAACAUGUUUUUGGCCCCGAGGAGACUCUGCUCCCUUGGUAAUGGAGCAAAAUUUCUAAAGACAAUUCCUUCUUCAAAACUCCUGGGAUGCUCUACUUAUGGUAAAAUGUCUUCGAAACUGAAAAAUGCAAAACGCAUCGAAGGACUUGAUAGCAAUGUGUGGACUGAAUUUACCAAGUUGGCUGCAGAUCCCUCCGUGGUGAAUCUUGGCCAAGGCCUUCCAGAUAUAUCACCUCCAACAUAUGUAAAAGAAGCAUUAUCAAAGAUUGCAUUAGUUGAUAACUUGAAUCAGUACACGCGGGGCUUUGGUCAUCCGUCACUUGUGAAAGCCCUGUCCAGCCUAUACGAAAAAUUUUAUCCAAAUCAAAUCGACCCAAAUAAAGAAAUCCUUGUGACAGUAGGAGCGUAUGGAUCUCUUUUUAAUGCCAUUCAAGGGUUAGUUGAUGAAGGAGAUGAAGUCAUAAUAAUAGUGCCUUUCUACGACUGCUAUGAGCCCAUGGUGAGAAUGGCUGGAGCAACACCUGUUUUUAUUCCCCUAAGAUCUAAAGCUGUUGGUGGAAAAAAAUGGUCUAGUUCUGACUGGACCUUAGAUCCGCAAGAACUCGAAAGCAAAUUUAAUUCUAAAACCAAAGCCAUCAUACUAAAUACUCCAAACAACCCUCUUGGCAAGGUGUAUACGAAAGAAGAACUCCAACUCAUUGCAGACCUUUGUAUCAAAUAUGACGUACUCUGUAUCAGCGAUGAGGUUUAUGAGUGGCUUGUAUAUACCGGACAUAAGCAUUUAAAAAUAGCCACUUUCCCAGGUAUGUGGGAGCGAACAGUCACGAUAGGAAGCGCUGGGAAGACCUUCAGUGUGACUGGCUGGAAGCUCGGCUGGACCUUUGGUCCUAAUCAUUUGAUAAAACAUUUACAGACUGUUCAGCAAAACACUGUCUAUACUUGUGCAACUCCUUUACAGGAAGCUGUGGCCCAAGCUCUCUGGGUUGACAUCCAGCGCAUGGACAGCCCAGAGUGUUACUUUAAUUCUUUGCCAAAAGAAUUGGAGGUAAAAAGAGAUCGGAUGGCACGUUUACUAGAAAGUGCUGGCCUGAAACCCAUAGUUCCUGAUGGAGGAUACUUCAUCAUUGCUGAUGUGUCUUCAUUAGAUGCUGACCUCUCUGACAUGAAGAACAAUGAACCUUAUGACUAUAAAUUUGUGAAAUGGAUGACGAAAAACAAGAAACUAUCAGCCAUCCCUGUGUCAGCAUUCUGUAACUCAGAGACUAAAUCACAGUUUGAGAAGUUUGUGCGCUUUUGCUUCAUCAAAAAAGACAGUACCCUGGAUGCUGCGGAAGAAAUCAUCAAGGCCUGGAACAGAUAGUCUUGAGGCGUGCAGACUAUGUGACUGGCCACUAGAUGGCCUCAUAUAGACUUCUAACUCUGUGUUAACACCUGCUGGAUGUUGAACAACAAAUAAUUCAAUACAAACAAAUUUAAGUAACUCUCUCCGUUAUUUUUCCGGUUAACCUCACUACUGACAAUCUUCAGGAAGUUUGAUUUUUUUCUUUAGUUGAACUGUAUUAAAACGCCUUUGAUUGGUUUCUUCUCUCAUUCUGAUUCCUUUAAAGUCACUGUGGCGCCACCUAAUGGAGGCUUUGUGCCAUGGCCAAUGUGGCACUGGCCACUGGAGGCCAUGUGCUAAGCCCCACCCUUCUUCAUCUGAGUUAAAUUAUGAUUUCUUACUCCCCUUUGAAGCGCCCUUUGAAGCGUCCUGUUUCAUUUUCCCACGCUCCCACCCAAUGCUGCCGUGCCACGUCAGCUGGUUCACCCCCUAAACCCCGCCUCCAGCCUGGCCAUAUUUAACCACUGUUCUGCCAGCCAGGCCCCUCAGAAGGUCCAGUCCCCCAACCCCUCCCCUCUGUGGUCUUCUCCGUGCCCUGCAAUAAAGGCAUUUUAUUGUUUUAUUA